AUGACUGGAUUAAACUCAAUCACUUCAGCACCGGAAGUCGUCAGUUGGGCCGAGGCGGUCGAGCAAGAUAACGCUCCACACAUACAAGAGGAUGCCGAUGGAACUCGUACCGAAACUGCCAUCACCGAGGUCGAUGGAGUGAGAUACAAGAUUGUAACAAAGUUCAAGGUGAUCAACAAACGUGUACCACACGUUGUUGCCGCUCGCAAACAAUGGGUGAAGUUCGGAAGUUGCAAAGGAGAGCCACCAGGUCCACAAGUCGCCACGACCUACGUCGCUGAAGAAGUUGAAAUGCAAUUCACUAGAAACCGUGCCGGAGAACAAAUUCUUGAUGUCCAAGAAGACAAGCAGACUGCAAAGACUACCAGCCGUGAGCAUUGUCGUCAUUGCAAAGGAAAUGACCAUUGGAGUACACAUUGCCCAUAUAAGGUCAUGUAUCAAUUGGAUGAAGAGAACGAUGCCAACCAAGAUGCUGAUAGCAGUCGGAACCCAUUGGGACGUCAAGAUGGACGCCAAAUCGACAGAAAUCGCAGUGAUGAGAAUACAUGCCGUGUCACAAACCUUCCGCAAGAGAUGAACGAAGACGAGCUCCGCGACGUCUUCGGAAGAAUUGGACGUGUCAUACGAAUCUUCAUCGCCCGCGACAAGAUCACCGGUCUCCCCAAAGGAUUUGCUUUCGUCACCUUCGAAUCUAGAGACGACGCCGCUCGUGCCAUCGCUGAGCUCAACGACAUCCGAAUGUAUCACAUGGUCCUCAAGGUCGAAUGGACUCGUCCAAGCACCUAA